AGUCAUAAUGAAUCCUGUUCAUUACUCAAAGGGAAGUUCUGAAUGUUGAAGGAAAUUCCCUAAGGUCCUUCUGAUCACAAAGCCUUUUGGGAUGGACCUUCCCGGUGGCCCGUUUUCUGCAUUGAUAUCUGCAUAGCAGUCCAGUCCGUGCACAUCCUGCCAUUCAUAGAUGCUUCUUGGGGUGCUGGUUUUUUCUGAGAAGAGACCACCUCCUUCCUGCACUUGGUGUUGGCCAUGGGCAGAAGGAAAAGCUUGCCCCCCUCUUGACACACCCUCCAGGUUUUUCCAGCCUGGUGGAGCAGUUGAUUGGCAAGUGUGCUGACUGUCCAGUGCUUCCUGGCUCCUACUCUGCCUGUAUUCUGUCUCUCCUGGGAAGAUGUUCCUGGUGGGCCUAACGGGAGGCAUUGCCUCAGGCAAGAGCUCCGUCAUCCAGGUGUUCCAACAGCUGGGCUGUGCUGUGAUUGAUGUGGAUGUCAUUGCCCGGCACGUCGUCCAGCCGGGGUAUCCUGCUCACCGGCGUAUUGUACAGGCCUUUGGCACUGAAGUCUUGCUGGAGAAUGGUGACAUCGACCGCAAGGUCCUUGGAGACCUGAUCUUUAACCAGCCUGACCGUCGGCAGCUACUCAAUUCCAUCACCCACCCUGAGAUCCGCAAGGAGAUGAUGAAGGAGACCUUCAAGUAUUUUCUCCGAGGGUACCGCUACGUGAUCCUGGACAUCCCCCUCCUGUUUGAGACCAAGAAGCUGCUCAAGUACAUGAAGCACACAGUGGUCGUGUACUGUGACCGAGACACACAGCUGGCACGGCUGAUGAAGCGGAACAGCCUGAAGCGUGAGGACGCAGAGGCAAGGGUCAAUGCCCAGCUGCCCCUGAAGGACAAGGCCCGGAUGGCCAACCACGUUCUAGACAACUCGGGCGAGUGGAGCCUCACCAGACGCCAGGUCAUCCUUCUGCAUGCCAAGUUGGAACGAUCCAUGGAAUACCUGCCACUGAGGCUCGGGUUCCUAACGGGCCUAGCAGGCAUUGCCAGCCUCCUUUACCUGCUCACCCGUUACCUCCUCCCUUCUCCCUAGCUAGGUACACCAAGGCAGCAAGCCUUAGGCCUCCUCCUUAGAGACCUAAGUCAGGUACCAUGUCCUCAACACUACACUCGCUCUGGAGUAUAUCCAGUCAGACUCAGAAAGCAAAAAGAAGCCCACUGUCGGGUACCCCUUCCUGCCCUCUCUAGAACCCCACCAUCCCCUAGAACCCCCUCAGAACACUAUCCACGAUGGCAGAAAACAGCAGUCUCUGUGGCCCUCCCCAUGGUUACAGUGAUAUAGCCAACAGUUUCUUGGGCUUGAGCCUUCUCGGAGCAUCUGUCAUAUCAUGGCCACAAACUCCCCAGUGAACCCCAGAAAAUCCUUCGGACUGAAGGCCGUUUUCAAACAGAACUGUCUCCUGGGUUGAAGCCUUUUGCCAGGGUGCAGUGUGAAUCCUUUCUGGGGGAUGCCAUGGCUAGGCCGUGGCAGGGCCCUUUGGAGAAAUCAGCUUCUGAUGGGGCUUUACUCACAACCUAGCCCACUCCACUGCCUCGGAGCCCCCCACUCUGUAUUCCCCAGCCCCCCCCCCCAUGCUAUCUGACCUCUGUGCCUUCCCCAGAUGCUCCCUGCCCUGCAGUACCUUACCCUGGCUGCCCCUGGGAAGGUGUCAGCAAGAAACUGACUUCUCCUAGACUGUAUGCCUCUAGGUGGCAGGGCUGACUCAUCUCGGCUCUAGUGCACUGCAGCCUGCUCUCCACUGGUGCUCAAUAAACUGGAUUGGUCUAAAAUGUCCGCUAAAUCCCA